AUAGUUGUACACCUGAGUAGAAGGUUAGUAGGUUAGAGUUACUCAUACGACUGCGAAAUAUUCUGAUGUGCAAGCUCAUACAACACAGGUAAGAAAGAAACACGAUCCCUGGAUGAGGCGCACCCACAUGCAUGACAAGUUAAGGAAUGCCUGCAGGGCUCAAGUAUAUAGUGGGACGUUGGCGGCUCCAAUUUUAGAUGCAGCUCCAGCGCCAGACCUCCUUCAAUGCCAAAAAUCUCAGAUGCUCAGAUCCGGCUCCCCAAGCCUCAAAACCCUCGAACAACUCUCCUGAAUCUCUCUCUUUAAGCAUUUGAACAGACAUGCUGUCCUUGCGACAGAUGUUUCACUCAAGAUACGUCAACAACUACACGUUCUCCAUCGCAUGCGCUGUCCUACUACUAUGCCUGUGGAGCAUUGAGCACAAUAUCCCCAAAAUCUUAUGGUACAAACUGGGCCCGAAUGGUAUGAACGACGAUACACGGGCAUGGACUAGUACCUGCAUCACAAACAAUCCGGAGUACCGCGUUGAAUUCAUGACGGACGAGACUGCAGAUGAGUAUGUCCAGAGGACAUUUUCUUCGUCACGCCCCGACAUUGUCGAAAGCUACCUCAACAUUUCAAUUCCUAUUCUGAAGGCUGAUCUACUACGUUAUCUACUGCUGUGGGAUCAGGGUGGUGUAUGGUCCGACCUUGAUGUCUCCUGCGAAGCGGAUAACUACAUCGACGAGUGGAUACCUUUGGAACAUAGAGACAAAGCUGGACUUGUCGUCGGAUGGGAAUUUGAUAUGGGAUAUGAUAGACCCAUUCUUCGCCAGUUCGCAUCAUGGACUAUUAUGGCAAGGCCCCGGUCACCGCAUAUGCUGCAAAUCAUCGAUGACAUAGUCCACGCGCUGGAAGAAAAAGUAGAAGAGCAUCAUGUGCCGCUUCAGAACUUGACUCUUGCUAUGACAGGAGAUGUUGUGGACUUCACUGGACCAAGACGUAUGACAUUUGGUAUCUACAAGAGCCUUGGAAAGAUAUUGAACAGGCCUGUUGGACAGGAAGAAAUCCAAGAGCUACUGCAGCCAAAAAUGAUUGGUGACGUUCUAGUGUUACCCGGACGAUCUUUUGCGGCGUCAUGCAAUACAUACAAGCCUGAAGAAGAAGAGCUGCUCCCUCGUCAAUUGAUUACGCAUCACUAUGCCGGCUCUUGGAAAAACGACAAAGGUGGCGAGUCUAAGCAAGCCCAUUGA